AUGGACAGUCCCCACAGAACAUACUCCUCCCAUGUGGUGUUUGGCAAGGCGCUGGAGGGAAUGGACGUGAUGUACAAGGUGGAGGCCGAAGGCACACAGAGCGGCACCCCCAAGGCCACUGUCACCAUUGCUGACAGUGGUGAGCUGCCCAUAGCGCUCAUCAGAUUCUCUGAGAAUUCACGAGGCAUUGUCAGCAUGGCCAAUGCUGGUCCCAACACCAACGGCUCCCAGUUCUUUAUCUGCACUGUCAAGACCAGCUGGCUGGAUGGUCGCCAUGUGGUGUUUGGCAAGGUGCUGGAGGGGAUGGACGUGAUGUACAAGGUGGAGGCGGAGGGCACACAGAGCAGCACCCCCAAGGCCACUGUCACCAUUGCCGACAGUGGCGAGCUGCCCAUGUGA